AUGCGGACUUCACCUAACGUGAUCAUUACCGGUACGCCCGGUGUGGGCAAGACUGUCCACUGCGAACAACUCGCCCAGGACAUCGGCCUGAAGCACUUAUCCAUCAACCAAGUCGCAAAGGACCGCGGUUGUUUUGACGAGUAUGACGAGGAAUUGAAGACAUGGGUUGUUGAUGAAGAUAAGCUCCUCGACGCCCUCGAAGACGAAAUCCCCAACGGUGGCUACCUUAUCGACUGGCACGCCUGCGAUCUUUUCCCCAAGUCCUGGAUUGAUCUCGUCGUCGUUCUCCGUUGCCCUACUACAGAUGUUCUAUUCGACCGACUUUCGUCACGAGGCUACCAUGAAAAGAAGCUAGACGAGAACAUCGACGCCGAGAUCUUCGGUGUACUACUUGACGAGGCGCGGGAAGCCUUCGACGAAGAAAUUGUGGUGGAAUUGAACAGCGAGCAAGACUCCGACGUCGAGUCCAACUGCCAGCGGAUCUCACAAUGGGUUGAUUCAUGGAAGGAGAGACAGGCAGAGAACGCGGAUUGA